GCCGGCAAAGCGAGAGAAGUCAGAGUGGUAGACCUCGUGUUGAGGGUGACAUAGGGAGACAAAGCCAGGCACUUCCAAACACUUGACUGCUGUGAAGCCACAAUGGAGGAAGCCAGGUCCACGAUAUCCAAAAUAUUCAACGGGGAGCCACGCUCCUACACACGCUUCAACCUGACGCAGAACAUGGAGGGGGAGAACAGCCAGGUGGAGAUGAAGCUGUCCUCCGACAUGGACGAGGAGACGGGCAACCCCGUGGGAGAGCCCAACGGCUACACCCACAGCCGCAACUCCACCUACACAAGGAAGCCGCAGCGCACCCCGAAAAACGUCUGCUUCAUGGUCAUCGCCACUCUCCUAAUCUUCGUCAUCGGAUAUCUGAUUGGCUACCUGGCUCACCGCAGACAGGGCGAGGAGCCGGUCUGUGCCGCGUCCUCUGCCUCAGACAGCGAGACGGAGGCCCAGGGGUCGUCGCUGAUGGAGGUGGAGCCCACCCUGAACUGGGACGACAUUAAGAAGCUGCUGAGAGACAAGCUCAGCACGGACAGCCUCCAGAGGACAUUCAGUGACUUUUCUCGCAAUGACCACGAGGCAGGCUCCAAUGGAGAUGAGGUUCUCGGGACUCUGGUUUACAAAAGGUUCAACAGCUACAACAUGAACCCCUGGACCGACGAGCACUUCGUCAGAUUGCAGGGCCCUCCAACAGGCGCCAACAGAGUCCUGUUUAACGGCAACGAGAUCGGAAGUCCCCGUGGAUACCUGGCCUACAGCGCUGUUGGGAAAAAACAGGGUAAAGUGGUUUAUGCCAACUACGGCACCCAGGAGGAUUUUGCACACCUGCAGAGAGAGAGAAUGGAGCUGAAUGGGACCGUGAUCCUCGUCAGAGCUGGCCGCAUAAGCUUCGCAGAAAAAGUGGCCAACGCUGAGAGGCAGAACGCGGUUGCCGUGCUGAUCUACCCGGACCCUUUCGAGUACUCCAUCGGCGUGAACGAAGAGCUCUUCGGGCAUGUCCAUCUGGGCUCUGGUGAUCCCUACACCCCUGGGUUCCCCUCCUUUAACCACACCCAGUUCCCCCCGGCAAUGUCCUCGGGCCUGCCAGGAAUCCUGGCCCAGACCAUCACCGCCGAUAUGGCCACCAAACUCUUCAAAAAAAUGAGUGGGAAUAACGCUCCAAGCCAAUGGGUAGGACUGCUAGGCGGCGUGUCAUACAAGAUGGGCGGGGACAAUGACAAUGUGACGGUGGAGGUCAACAACGUCCUCACAGAGAAGAAGAUCCACAACGUGUUUGGUGUCAUUAAGGGAUUCGUGGACCCAGAUCGGUACGUUGUGUUAGGUGCUCAGAGGGACUCUUGGGGUACUGGAUUCGCAAAGUCAACAGUGGGCACCAGCCUCCUGGUGGAGCUGGCGCGUGUCAUCUCGGACAUGGUGAGGAAAGAUGGAUUCAAGCCCCGGAGGAGUAUUGUCUUUGCGAGCUGGAGUGCUGGUGAAUUUGGGAGCGUGGGCGCCACCGAGUGGCUGGAGGGCUAUUUGUCUUCUCUGAAUCUGAAGGCUUUUACCUACAUAAAUCUGGAUGGUGCUGUCUCAGGGGUUGAAACGUUUCAGGCCUCUGCUAGCCCGCUGCUGUAUGGCCUUAUCGAGGGAACGCUGAAGGAGGUGGACUUCCCAACUGGGCCCAGCGGAAGAACGAUCUACGCGCAAGUGGCCAAGGCGAACUGGGAGGCUGAGGUGAUGGUCCCCAUGAAAAUGGAUGACUCCGCCUACCCCUUCGUGGCCUUCACCGGUAUCCCGUCGGUCUCCUUCAGUUUCGCCAAGAAAUUUCGAGAUUACAAGUUCUUUGGGACAUUGUUGGACAACAAGGACAAUUUGAACGCUGCCACAGAUUACCGCCUGCCUCAGGUUGCCGUGGCAGCCGCACAGGUGGCUGGGCAAAUGGCUGUGAGGCUGGUUCAUGACCACCUGCUGAAGCUAGACAUCCAGAGGUACAAGACCAAGAUCCGCUCCUACGUGUCCAAGAUUAACCGUCAGGUCUACCAGCUGAAACAAUCCGGCACCCUUCCCGAGAACCUGACCGCGCAGUGGCUGAUCAUGGCGUCUGGCUCCUACAGCCGCGCCACCAGCAACCUGCUGACCCGCAUCGAGAACAGCGACCUCACCGACGUUGAGAUGUGCCGCAUCAUCAACGACCGCCUCAUGAGGGUGGAGCACAACUUCCUCUCUCCGUACGUGUCGCCCAAAGAGACCCCGUUCCACCACAUCUUCAUGGGGUCGGGCACCCACACGCUGGCCGCGCUGGUGGAGCACCUCGACGCCCUGAAGGAGGGCUCACCCAGCGCCAACACCAACCUUUUCCUCAACCAGUUCGCCCUGGCCACCUGGACCAUCAAGGGCUGUUCCAACGCCCUGGAGGGGGACAUCUGGGAGCUGGACAACGAGAUGUAGAACCCAAACAGCGCGCAGAGCGACCACCGCGGGACAGAAAACAAAAUAUUUGUCUUCAGCCAAAUAGGCAAGGUUCUCCGAUUAGAAAAUGACCAAGGUGCUUCGGAUACCGAGCAAUCUCUCUUGUACCGAUUCAUAUCCCACGUGUGGUCAUCAAAUUUCAGUCCAAAACCACAAAACUGAUUGAUUAAAUUAAAGAAAAAACAUUACCAGAGAAAAAUAAGUAAUUUAAAGGAAAAAAAAGUUCCAGUAUUUGAAUUUUGAAUUGAUCAGAAAUAUGUUGGUUCCUUUCUCCAACUAUCAGGAGUCAAUGCCAUGUUCUUUCAGUAAACUAUCAUAGCAGUCAAACAGACAAUAGCUCACAACUUCUUCAAGCAAAUUACAACAUAAUCCAGUGUUUGACCUGUAGAAGCUAUCUCCGCUAAACAAUACUCUUAGUGGUUUUGGCACAAAAGUACCAAAGUUAAUACAUAGAACAUACAGGUCAGUGUGGCAGUAACAUGGUGCUUAAGUAUUGUACCUCACGAACAAUUAUUUUGCAACCCAUAUGAGACUGUAGGUCUUCCUAACCGUUACUAUGCUCUGAUUUGUUGAAAUCUCGAGAUGGCAUGAAACCUGAAUGGCACUGACAACAUUUGAGGGAAUCACAGAUGUAAAACUGAAUCACACUAUGAAACUCUUUAGGAAAGGGACAGGACCAUAGUACGAUGUGUCAGUAACUCACCUCCCAUUGCUGACUUCCUAUCUUUUUUCCUGUGACUGAGGUGUCAAUAUAGCUUAAUUUCAUUAGUCAGUCUGAGAAAAGUGCCGUUAUCCCUUCCAGAAUUGAAUGAUUCAAGUACGUUACCUUCUCCAGAAGACAGUAUUCAUUUCCCUCGAUGUAAAAGAUUUUUUUUGUUGUUGUUUGUUCAUUUUUUAAGAUGGGAAGAGAAAAGGGUCUUCACCAUUUGGCACUGAGAUAUAUAUUUAUUUGUUAUGUUAUUUAUUUAUCAGUGACAGGGUUCACUAUAAAUAGUGGGUUUUUUAACGCCUUUUUAAUAUAUAAUUAUCGGAAGCAGUGCCUUCCAUAAUUAUGACAGUUAUACUGUCGGAUAUACAAAGCAGCAUCUGCUUCAGAAAUAAACUUGUUACCAACAGCUGUUACUGGAAACCGCUACAUUGGAAGGCGGGGGUCGGGGUAGUCCAGCACUCGACGAUUAGUCAAACACGUACAGAUGUGUUUUUUUUUUUUUUUUUUUUCCUUAAAUGUUUUACUUCUUUGUCCAAAAAAUUAAUAAAUAAUGGGACACUAAAGGACAAGCAGCAAAUAUUUGUGUCACACGUCACUACAGAUCACUGGCCGUUUCUGGUACACGCAUUUUGGUACAUUUGUAUUUCUAAUCCUAAAGCAUUAUCGGGGGCAGUGUUUCCCAUAAUGCGGAGAAGAAGGUAGUUUUUGCCUACCAGCAUGUGUAUAUAUCGAGGGCAGUGUCUCUCAUAUUUCACUGUAGGGUGGAUAUAAUUAUCGGGAACAGUGUUUCCCAUAAUUUUUUAUAUACAGUAUCGUCUGCACUUACAAACUACUGCAAAGCUUCACAUCUGUCGUUCAUGUCAUCAUAACCUUAGUUAAGGCCAGGGGACGGAAGUCUCGGGCACUGUCACCUCCGUCCCGGCUAGCACUGGUUGGUCAAUGAAAAAUGGCUGGGAUCCCAGCUGAAAAAUAAGCAAGGAAUCCAUCUUUUACUGGUUGGAAAAGAAAAGAAAAAGUGAGAGGGUAGAAGAGGCUUAAUGUUUCCAUUACCAUCUUAUGUAAGACCUUAGGGUGGCUUUUGGGGUUUCUUUUUUUUUUUUGUUUUUUGGUUUUUGUUUCUUUGUAUGAUUCCAUUACUGUGGUUCUUCUUAGGACAUUACCUGACUUCUUUUUCAUGUAUUUGGCUUACCUGUGCCUGCUGCAAACGUUAAGAACGUUAUGUAUAUGCCGUAAAUAAUGCAGAACUUGCGCACUAGAAUUUCUCUUGCUUUUGCAUUCCCAACUCCUUCUGCGUCCUGUUAUUCUAAUUCUGUCUUUCAGUUGUUUUAAACUCUGAGGCUGUUUUGAUAAGUGGGUCAUUGAAAUAUGAUAGGAGGAACGCUCUUAUAUUUUUUUUACAAAUUGGUAAAACUUAAAUGUUUUGCUUGUGAAAACAAACUCAUUGAGACUGUGGGUAAUGCUUGUAACAGUCUGAAUAUGAAACGUGAUUUUCUUUGCAAAGUACUAUGAAAAAAUUGUCUUUGAAUAUGAGUGGUGCAAAAAAAGUUGGAAAAUGCAAAUACACAACAGGGUGGGGAAAUUGGUGUCCUGGGAGAAAAAAAAAACAAAAGCCUGAUGACUCUCAGGAAGUUAAAUUUGGGGAAAGGUGUUUAAGGUCUUUUUCCCCCAAUGAGAGUUUGGAGAAAUGAUUUUCAUUGUCAAAAACAGGAAGUCAUUUUCAUUGUUAAGUCAUUCCUUCCUGUGAAGAGCUCGGGUCAUUACCUGUGAGAUUUUGGACAUUAACCUUGUGUGCUUAUCACAAAAACAGAGAUGGGGAAUAAAUAUCCAUUGGGAGAGAUCUGAUUGUCCCCUGGGCACCCUUCCACUCGUUGAUGCGAUAAAAGCCUUUUUUUUCCAUCUGUGUAGUGCUUGUGGCAUGUUAAGCAUACGUUGGACAUUUUAAAAUGAGCACUGACCCCCAUCCAUCUCUUACUGCUUCAUAAUUAACAUUAAAGGAGACUGAAAUUCACUGGCACAGUUUUUGACCAGCAUGCACUUUUAGCAUGAUGUAACAAUUAUACAAAUGCCAUAUAGUAUAGAUACUGAGAGAUUGGCACAGCAUUUACCAAAAUAGGUUUUAAAGCAGUGAGCAAACUCAUUGCCAUAAGCCUAAUGGAAGAAGUCACUUUUUUUUGAAAACCCCUUCAGUUUUGUGAAGGGAACUUCAGUCAAGGCAAUGUUGCAGCAACGGUGUUCUUUUAAAUUGUCCAACGGUUCGCUCUCUGAGUAUUACUUCUGGUACAGUAUGAUGAAAAAGAUUUUAGCUCUGCUGUUUAUGUUAAAAGUU